UAACGUGGGACGUCUGCGUUUUGCGUCAGCAAUAGUCAGCAGUUCGAGAUUUUAUAUCGUUGCUAAUUAGUCCUAAAACACUUACAGAUAUGAUAUUAAACAUUACAAGAAAAUUGUAUUCUUCAAAUAUCAGUUCUACAGUCGCACGUGCUACUGUUAGGUGGUUAUCAACGACAGGUAUCUCAGCAUUUAAAAACACCAAGGAAGGAGUCAAUGCACAAACAAUCAUGGAUGAUGAGAUUCUUAUAAAAGAUAUUGAUGAUAAUGGUGUGAUAGUUUUGAAUCGACCUAAGGUAUUGAAUACUAUAAAUUUGCCUAUGGUUGAAAAGAUAUAUUCCAUUCUCAAACAAUGGGAAUCUUCGAAAAAACUAGUAAUAGUAGAGGGUGCAGGUGACAAGGCAUUUUGUGCAGGUGGCGAUGUCAAAUCACUUGUCUUGGCAUUGAAUGACCCAAAAGGAAAUAUUCAGGGUGAAGAAUUUUUUAGAAGAGAAUAUACCUUAAAUCAUUUGAUUGGAACAUACAAAAAGCCUUAUAUUGCUAUUAUUAAUGGGAUAACAAUGGGAGGUGGUGUUGGAUUAUCUAUACAUGGCAAAUAUAGAAUUGCCACAGAAAAAACUCUCUUUGCAAUGCCAGAAACAGCAAUAGGAUUGUUUCCUGAUGUAGGCGCGACUUAUUUUCUAUCUAGAAUGAAAGGAAAACUAGGUAUCUACUUAGGAUUGACGGGACAUAGGUUGAAAGGUGUCGACGUUCUCCUUGCUGGAAUUGCGACACAUUUUGUGCCAUCGGAAAAACUCGCUGAUUUAAAACGCGAUUUGUUAACAUUGCGAGAAGUUGACAUUGAAUUGAUUUUAAACAAGUAUCAACCGAAAUUAAAUCAUGAAUUUAGUUUGGCGCCUCAUAUGUCGCAGAUAGAAAAUUGUUUUUCUGCUCCAUCUGUUGAAGAAAUAAUUGAGAAGCUAAAGAAGGACAAUUCGGAUUGGGCACGAAAGAAUAUGGAAAUAUUACUCAAAGUAUCUCCAUCUUCACUGAAAAUUACUAAAAAAGCGAUUGAUGAAGGAAGUGGAAAAUCCUUAGCGGAAUGUUUAAAGGUUGAAUAUAGAUUGGCAUGUUCUGCCUUAAGCAAAGAAGACGAUUUCUUUGAAGGUGUCAGAGCACUUCUAAUCGAUAAAGAUCAGAAACCAGUGUGGAAAUCGACGUCUUUAACUGAUGUUACAGAUGAAUAUAUAAAUAAACGAUUUGCAGCACUUCCUAUGGAAAAAGAAUUACAGCUUUGCACCAGCAAACUAUAGGAAUUAAGAGAAAAGUUUUAUAUAUAUAUAUAUAUAUAUAU